UCGCGUUGUAUAGUUGCUCCGAUUAGGACGUGUGGUUCGCUCAAGCGCACGUUACAGUUUACAACAACAACAACAACAACGACGACGGCAACAUGGAGUUUUCAACACAUCGAAUGAGUUUUCUAUGGCUGCUGGGAUUAUGUCUACUGAUAUUCAAAGCAGGACCCACAGAAGCUCAAGGCAAACGCUCCUCACGCAUCACCAGCUCUCGCAGCUUUGGCACCAACGUCAAGUCCACAAGCUCCAAUGGCCUCAGCUUCGACUGCCCCGAGGAGUUCGGCUACUAUCCGCACCCCACGGACUGCACACAGUACUACGUGUGUGUGUUCGGUGGGGCACUACUUGAGAGCUGCACCGGCGGCCUUAUGUACUCGCACGAACUACAGACCUGUGACUGGCCACGGAACGUGGGCUGCGAGUUGGUGGACACUUCCACGGAGCGCGGCCCGGCACGUGGCCAGAGCCAGACGCAGCAGCAGCAGCAGCAGCAUCAUCAGCAGCAUGUUCCUAGCCGUGUGCGCUUUGGAUCCGCUUUUAGCAGUCCAGGUGGCGCCCCAAAGGCACCCACAGUGGCGCCGCAGUACCAUCGCUCACCGCCACAGGUCAUACAGGCUCAAGUCCACAAUAUUCCCCCACCUCCACCAGAGCUGCGCGUUCCACCCAAUCCGGUGGUCACGUCGCGGGGUCAGCCAAAGCCACUGCUGGACGCACAAGAGGACAUAGCGAAGCUGUAUGCCGAGGCGCAGGAAACACUGCCACCCGCGGAGGAGGAGGAGUCCGAUCGUCAGCAGCGGGUGUAUCGCGGCCAGCCAAGCACCGUUAGCCAGGUACAACGGGAUCGCGAUGGCAUCAUCCAUCAGGCAAGCAUUAAUGCCAUACCCCAGAGCGGAAAGCUUAGCUCGUACGCCUUCGGAACAGCCUACAGAGUUGAGUCAUCUUCACCGUCAUCGCUGGGGGGGGCGCCAACGCCCAAUGCUAAUAUCUUUGUACAGCCCACGCCACAAGCCCCAUCUCCACAGCUAGAAUCGAAUCGUAACUACUAUAAUGCAUCCAUAUUUAAUCACGGGGGCGGCUACCAACAAUCACGGCAACAGCAGCAGCAACAGCAACAACAACAGCAACAGCUACAGCCAACACCAUUCCAACAAUCGUCACAGCGCGAGCAGCAGGCACAAGCCCUACCAAAUCCCUAUGAUUCAUCAUAUUAUUCUGUUUACGACGAUGAUAUCGAUUUAUAUAGGGACAUUGAGUAUCAGCAACAACAGCAGCAGCAAGACCAUCAGCAACAGCAACAGCAACAACAACAAUAUCAUCCACCAGCUGUGCGCCAUCAACAGACACAAUCCACAUACCGGCCAUUGGAGCAAUCGGCCACACCGACGCCACCACAGAAGCCGCUGUACAGCAACCAACCGACGUUGACCUACAGCACGGACUACGAUGAGGAUAUUAAUGCACAGAUCGAGCAAGAUAAUGUGUACGAUCAGCCGACACGUUCGCCCCAAAGGCCGGCACAGGUGGCCAUCCAAAGACUGGACGCGCGGCCAACAACCACAAAGACGCCGCCCACACGUGCCGAUGUACGUCACUACUAUGACACGAUUACCACACAAAAUACGCGCAACGGAGAAUCCGAUUACAGUUACUCCAGCUCCGGAGAGUACACAGAGGACUACGAGCAGAGCGAGCGCAAGCCCGUCACGGAUACGAGGGAUGACUAUGAAUUGAUUGCCAAUGUUGUGGGGCACAAAAAAGUAAAAGCUACAACGCUGCCACCUACCCCAAGAGGGCAGCACAUAAAAGUUACACCAGCAACUAGUUGGAGUACGCCCAAGAGUUCCACAACAACAACAACAACCAGUUCUACAACAACCACAACAACACCACCAACAACAACGACAACAACAUCCACCACAACAACACCAAAACCCCAAAGCUCGAAAGCGCAUGCAAAUAAAAUCUAUAAGCAACAAGCUAUAAACAAAUCAAAGACAAAGACAACAACAAACACUACACAGCCACCAACGACCACCACCAGCACCACAACAAUAUCUCCUCCAACAUACCAUCCUUCGACUUAUAGCUCCAAUCCCUUUCUCAAAUCGAAGCUCCACAGCCUGGCCAAGUCGCUGGUUAGCUUUGUGGCCAACAGCCACACUCCAGAUAAAUUCCAUAAUCAACAUUCAGUUCAGAACCAGAACCAUAACCAGACCCACUCCCAACUCCAACUGCAAACUCAUGUUUAUCCCUCAGUUGCUCAACCCACGACCACGACGCAAGGGCCUCUGGUGGUGGACAGUUCCAGCAGUCAGUUGGAAAAUUCGGAAACCGUCUUCGAUGAGAGUCAGAAUGUCCACGUGCAGACGGCCGAGGCACCGAGCAGUCGCUCCUUUGAGACCAGCACCUCGCCCAAGUUUCUAGAUUUCAUUAACAGCGCCGCUUACGGCACAAGUCCGCGCGGCAAUCUGCUGCACGCGGUGCCAAAUAAGCCCGUGAAGACGAGCUACCAGCAGUUGCAUAAACAAUUGCCAUUUAGGGGCGCGGAAGGUGCGUAUCAGAGCUACAUCACAUCCGAUGUGGAACCGCAGAGCUUUAGGGCUCCUGCGAGCGAGGCGGUAUCCUCCAUUGAGCUAUUGGACAGCUCAAGCACCACACCCGGCACGACGCUCAGUAAAGCUCUUCAAUAUAGCCUGCAGCGUGGAUCGUAUGGGUUUAGCCUGCGCGCUGAGGAUGCCACUGAUCUGCCAGCAAGUACUUCUACGAGCACAACUACAGUUCCAUCUACCAAGCCCAGCGAUGUGGAUAUUGUGCCCACAACCUAUGCGCCACCUCUGCGCAUUUGGCGCAAUGGACGACCCACCAUUCAAGCUUAUACCAAGGCAAGCAGCACGACAGCAGCAACCACUGCAACAGCUGACAGCUGGAGCGAUAGUGUGGAGUCCAGCAGCACUCUAAGAAGCACCUCAACAACGCCAAAGUCUCAGGGCAUGCCAAGCACCGAGCGGUACAUAUCCCCAGGACAACGCAGCACCAAUCGCGCCAAUCACUUUAAGGAUAACCUAAACCGCGCCACUGCCAAUCCCGCCAUGCGUUUCGUUUCCCCCUACAAGAGUCUGGAGAAUCUGCUGCAGGAGGAGCGUCAGCACUCGAACAUGAUGCUGCGCACGACAGCCAGACCGCGUUACACAAACUCCCCAGCCUCACCGCCAUUCCUGCAGACCACACAGAAACCGCCCAAGAAUCUGUUUGUGGCGGGUUUAGGCCCCAAGAAUAUCAGCGCGGAUGUGCUGGCCACCAUGGCCACGGGAAAUGUGCGAAACUUUAGCAUCAGCGAUGCCAUCUUGAGCACCUUUAGUCCGCAGAGAACGGUGUCAAGUAUGCUGCGCAGCACCACCAAGGCAGCUCCAACGACGACAACCCCAACGACAACCACAACUCCAGCCACGACCAUGUCCACGGUGGUAGCUUCAUCGCCCUUACGUGUCUCCCAGGCUCCAGUGCGUCCUCGUGGUCGAUCUCGCUACACAGUGGCCACACUUGACAAUUUAGCGGAGAGCGUGGACGAGCCCACGACCUAUGCACCCCGGCUAAGGCUACCCAGCAGCAACUUUGAGGCCAAUCAGUACACUAAACGUGUCCGCAUAGCCGCCAAACUGCGCUCGUCUUCCGCCGAAUCCACAUUGCAGCCACACGCAAAGUACGAGUCAUACAAGGCGGCCAUACAGGCCAAGGACUCAAACAAUUUUGCCACACAAAAUGUAACAGCAAAGCACGUAAAGUUGUUCAAACGCAAACAAAUAGAAAAUGAGGCCAGCGUAUCGGAUGGUCCGCGAGCCGAGGCAUUGAUUGGCCAUCAGCAAGUAGAAGUGAGGAGGCACCAAAAUAGCAUCGAAGAAAUGGGAACAGCAACGGCAUCCAGCUCCACGGAGCAUGUGGUGACCAUAACAGAUCGUCCAACUGUCAAGUUUCUCUACUCCAACAAAUAUCGCCAGCAAACGGCGGAGAGUACUUUGGCGGAUAGUCUCCAGAAUGCUGGCUACCUAACCACCGGCAAUGGGCGGGUCCAAAAGUUUCGUGCUGUGAAUGUUCUGGAGCAACUGAAGCAGUUUCUCGCUGGCAGCGAUAGCAACAGCAACAGCAACAGCAACAGCGAUGAGAGUGGCACCUCCCGAUUCGUUGAUGAAUAUUCGCUGCCGGAAAUAAAGGCAGCCGUUGAUGAAAUUAAGCAACUUUAUGUGCCCACGGGGCGUACGACGAUUACAACCACAACGACUACGCUGCGUCCCAGCACCACGCCCAUUGCGUCUCCCAGUAUACGCCCCACUUUGGGAGCAAGCCAAUCCAAAGCUUAUUCCUAUUCCUCCGCCACUUUUAGCACCGAACCCACCAACCCAACUCCAACUGCAGUUAGAUAUUCCCCUAGCACCACCACCACCACUCCCGAUUUUAGUAAUCCCUCAACAACCUCAACAACAGUUUCACCAACAACUGCUACUGCUACAGACACACCCUCCUACUCCUCCUCCUCCUCCUCCUCCUCCUCCACGUUUGCAAUGCCAACUGCGCGCGCCUCGAGGGUGAACAAUGUCAUAAGAUCAUCGAUAGCCGCUGCUGCCGCCCAAUCGUCCAGCUCAGGCUCCUCCACUACCUCCACCUCCUCCACAGCGGCUGCUAAAGCAAAUAAGUUCCAAUUUGGAUUCUCACCCAACACUAAGAACCAACAGCAGCAGCAGCAGCAGCAGCAGCAGCAGCACAACAGCAACAACAAUGCCGCCGCAGCAGCAGCGUCUGUAAAGUGCUCUGAUAGCACAUUGAGCGCCAAAUGCAACGAAAUUCCCUCAAGAAACAACAAUAGAAACCGAGGCGGCGCCAUUUAUGCCAGUCAGGAUCGGGAUGUUGUGCCCACAGCCAAUCGGGGAACGCAUCCACCCCGCACACGUCCCACGCUUAAGCCGUCCGGCACUAUUGUCUCUAAGGCUCAAGAGUUUGUGGAUAUUUAUAGAUAUCCACCAACACGACCGGAUCCCAUCUACCCACAGCCCACGCCCGACAAGACGGCAGCCAAGUGCCGCAAGGAUGUGUGCCUACUGCCAGACUGUUAUUGUGGUGGUCGGGACAUACCUGCCGAGCUACCCGCUGAAAGCAUACCCCAAAUAGUUCUAUUGACCUUCGAUGAUUCUGUGAAUGAUUUGAAUAAGCAAUUGUACACGGAUCUGUUUGAGAAGGGGCGCGUCAAUCCCAAUGGUUGCCCCAUCACGGCCACGUUUUACGUCUCCCAUGAGUGGACUGAUUACAGCCAGGUGCAAAAUCUGUACGCCGAUGGACAUGAAAUGGCAUCCCACACAGUUUCUCACAGUUUUGGCGAGCAAUUCUCGCAGAAAAAGUGGACACGUGAAAUUGCUGGCCAGCGGGAAAUACUCGCGGCUUAUGGCGGCGUCAAGUUAUCCGAUGUCAGGGGCAUGCGGGCGCCCUUCCUCUCGGUGGGCGGCAACAAAAUGUACAAAAUGCUGUACGACUCCAACUUCACAUACGACUCCUCCAUGCCUGUCUAUGAAAAUCGACCACCUUCCUGGCCAUACACUCUCGACUACAAGAUCUUUCACGAUUGCAUGAUUCCACCCUGCCCAACGCGCUCGUAUCCAGGCGUGUGGCAAGUGCCCAUGGUCAUGUGGCAGGACCUGAACGGUGGCCGUUGCUCCAUGGGCGACGCCUGCUCAAAUCCCAGUGAUGCGGAGGGUGUUACAAAAAUGAUUAUGAAGAACUUUGAGCGGCACUACACCACGAACAGAGCACCUUUCGGACUGUUCUACCAUGCAGCCUGGUUUACGCAGCCCCACCACAAAGAAGGCUUCAUUAAGUUCCUGGAUGCCAUCAAUGCCAUGCCCGAUGUGUGGAUCCUAACCAACUGGCAGGCACUGCAAUGGGUGCGGGAUCCAACGCCCAUAUCACGCAUUAACUCCUUCCAACCGUUUCAGUGCGAUUAUUCGGACCGGCCGAAGCGCUGCAACAAUCCAAAAGUGUGCAAUCUGUGGCAUAAAUCUGGCGUACGCUACAUGAAGACUUGUCAGCCCUGCCCAGACAUUUAUCCUUGGACUGGCAAGUCGGGCAUACGCUCAUCGCGCAUCGAUAAUGACAAUAAUGUUGAGGAACCGGCAGCGGCGUAAGACUUUGCCCUAGCAUCGAGCAUCUGUUCUUCGAGAUCCAUAGACUAACAGCAGGCACAAGAGGCCACACUGGUGGUCAUACUUAGGUAGCGCAAAAUACGAAAUUCACUCGUUCAAAAUCGUUUCAUUUACUUUAAUACUUUAGCUAAUUGUUGUUCAGCGAGAGAUCAUAGUUAAUUCUUUUUGGAGCAUGUUACUACAAAUUAUUUAUACCCGCUUACACACUCGAUAUAUUCCUAUAGAUUGCUACUUAUAAAGUAUCUCCAUGCACCCUGGAGUACUACAUGAAAAACAAUUAGGAAUAAAACUGUAGUUUAAUUAAGAACUAAUAUUAAUAAGUUGCAAACGUAGUGGUUAGGCUAAUGUAUUUUCAUUUAACUUGUGAUAAAUAUUUACAGCUGAAUUUAUGUAUGUAUUAGACGUGCACAAUCCUCUUCGAAAUCAUUUACUAUGUCCAAACUCUUUUCCAUGAUGUUUUGCCUCUAAAUAUAUUUAAGUUCUUCUACGCAUAUUUUUGAAAUAAAAACAUUCACUACAUUUGACUAAAACUAAGUAUUUAGUACCACUACCAGGAGCAGUGGUGGCAGUAUCAGACUUUUAGAGUUAAACGCAGUGCAGAGCAGAAUAUAAUAUUAGCAUUUAAGUCAUACACCAGCAGCAUUCUGCUUUAACAUCAUGCACAUCCUUUUGAAUUUGUUUAGUCUUUGGUAAUGGAUAAUAAAUACGUUAACUAAUGGAGCAACUGGAACAACUGCAAGAAGUCAAGGAGCAAGCGCUAACUGGGAGCGACUAUAAAUAGAUAAGAACCACAAUGAUUGCCAAUACUUAGCCGCUGCCUGCAUGAACCAACGUGGAAGCCAAUCGAAUGUAAGCUAUAAUUAUGCGAAAGUAUUAAUGGGAUUCGAAAUGCAAUAAUUCAAAACGAAAAUAAAUAAUACAAAGUAGCAAAACUCUUCCUGGCAGGGCGCAAUGUAGGAAACAAUUCUGUUGAAACGAGUGAAUUAAGUAUUUUGUGCUAAUGUUUGUAAAAAGCUACACCUACAUAUAUGAAUGUAUGAAUGUACGUUGCAUGUCUAUAAUAAAGUUAAAUAUUUAAAUCGUAAUUAA